UUUAGUAAUAAAAUCAAAUAUAACGUCUGUUUACGUUGCCAAGACUUUUGGAGAAGUUACCCAGGUACAUUCUGUAUAACGUCAUGUACAGUCCACAGUCGUUAGUUCCCCCACCCUCGAUGGUUACAUAUCCUCCACCGUUAUAUCAUAGACCACAUCAUCAAUUUUCCUUAUCGCCUUCAACGGGAGCAAGUACACCGUCAUGUCCGCCGAAUUAUUACCCAGGCCCCCAUCCAGCACACCACCAUCAUGCAGCCGCGGCAAUGUAUUCGACAUACGAUGGUAUCUUGAACUAUAUGCCGUCUGACCCAUGCAAACAAGCCUUGAUGAUGGCGUCUCAAGCUGCCGGUUUUACUGGAAUGGGAGGCGAAUAUAACACGAGUUAUGAAGAUGACUCAAAACCAUCGAAACAAAGAAGAGCCAGAGCAAACUACAGUCAGUGGCAGCUCGAAGAACUUGAAAGGGCAUUCCAUUCAACGCAUUAUCCAGAUAUCUUCAUGAGAGAAGCACUGGCAUUAAGACUUGAUCUGAUCGAAGCAAGGAUACAAGUAUGGUUCCAAAAUCGCCGGGCAAAACUUCGAAGACAGAUGAAGAUGCAGGGUAAAUCAAACAGCACGGAAGGGCAGAAAAACGAAAAAUCAGACGCAGAAGACGGUAAAGAUCUGGAUACAAAAACAACUGCCGAAGGAGAGAAACAGAAAGACGAUGCCAGGCCAAGUUCAGUGAAACAAAAUGAAGAUUCGGGUACGGUAAAGACUGAACUGAUGAAUAAAGAUGGAAUAACUACAGAUUCAGAAAUUAGUGGUAAACCAUCGCAACAAAAAAGUGAACUUCAGAAAACUAUUGAAUUAACGAAUAAUGAAAGCACAACCCCCGUAGAUUUUUCUAUGGACAAAACAAAACCGCAUAUUGAAAAUAUGUAUACCGACGGAACAAGCGCCCUUGAGGCGUUAUCUUCAUCAGUUUCAAGUUACACAGCUUCGCCAACAACUUCUAGGAAAUCUGCUCAUGAUUUCUAUGGAGUGACACGAAGUCCAGGAGAAAAAAAAGCACACCGAUCUGGGUAUUACGACAUUUAUCGUCGAGGCCAUAGUACAUCCGAAUAUACAGGGACCUGGGGAUCUCAGCCAUCUGUUUCUCCAAACUCCCAUUCGCCACCAAGUCAAUUCAUGGCAUCUGCUCAUACAUCGCCGCAUUCUGUAAUAACAGCAUCCCAGCAAAAUACUUACGUUGACCCGACAGUGCACCACACUGAGUCAGGUGAGAACAUGCUAAAUUUGACUUCGGCACCUGGCAACCCUCAACGGACGACACUCGAAAUGGCCCCUCUUGGAUCAACUGAUGCAGCACGAAGACAAGAUCAAUUUAAUGAUGCGUACUCGUUUAGAAGCAUGGAAUGCCACGGUUCUCAAGAUCCUAUUUAUAGAAAUGGCUCGAUAGCUGAAAAUCACCCUUACGAUGCUUGUAAUACCAACGACAUAGCCUGCUGUACAGACGACCGUAGGCCACCUCUCGACCAACCUUUUAGUGAGAGAAGAACGUCUUCGAUAGCUACUCUGCGAGCAAAGGCAAAAGAACACCAGCAAGUAAUGAUGCGACUGCCACAGGGUUAUAGUCAAUAUUGUCCGAAUUCGAUGAGAAACGCGGAGAAUGCUGCUUCGGCAGUUGCUGUUGCUGCCGCAACAUACAUGAAUGCACCGGUCGGACCAUACAACCACCAUUUGUAUUCGACUUCACCCCCUUCCCGUAUCCCGUCAACUCAUGAUGAAAUGCUUCAUCAUCUUUCCUCUUCGAUUCAUCAUUACAGUGGAAAUGAACUGGCUCCCGCUGGUUUCGGAAGCCAUCCUUUAUCGACUUAAUUACCAUAUCUGUUAUAUAUUGCUGUAACUUUACCCUUCAAAUAUUUUAUCAUGAAUACAUAUUACUUGAGAAACAGCAAACAGAUAUUUCCUGCACAAUUAUGCUUUUACGAUAAAGCUGAAACGCGUGUGGAUUUAGAACAGAUGUCAAUGGGAAAUAAAAUAUGAAUUUAUAUAAUGAAUGCGCAUACUGCCCUGUGUACUUUAACAGCCGUCCGAAUUUUACUUAGUCGUUGAUGUUUUGACUCAGAAAAACUGGUUAUAUAUACUACUUAAUGAUAUCUAGAAAACUAUACCAUUUUAAUACACACUAAAAUUGUUACCAUUUUUGGACAUUUUUGAGUUACUUCGGCUUAAUCACAACGAUAUUGUCUUUUUUAUUAUCAUAACAUCUUCAUGAACAUUUAACAACUGCUGCACACAAAGCAAGCUAAUUACUGUAAGCCAUCUAAUUAUACUAAUUUACAACGUUCCUCAACAACUUUAUUGAACUAUUUUCUCAAAGAAUUAGCUUUAUCUUUCGUCUUUGCCGAUUAAUGUUUUGUUCGUAUUUAUAUUAAA